AUGCUCGAAUACUUGGACUUAACGGAGCUUUUGGUCGUUACCUGCAGCUGUGGGCCCCAGCGUAAGCGCUUGCCUUACGUCCAGCGGCUGAACCUUACCCUGCCAUCGCAUUGCAACACGCAAGUGCUUGCCCUCCUUCCCUCUGUCAAGACUGUCCGUGCAUUUGUAGUCCGGGGCACCUCGCGGCACCAGGUCCACUACGCAGAGUCUGAGAUUGCUGGUCGCUUACCCUUUGCAUUAGCAGCGCUGCCCAAGCUUUCCGAACUCUUGCUCAUUGAUCGUGAUUCAUGUUGGCACGGCCAAGAAAGCCCGGAGGAUGUUUGGGAUGUCAUCGUUGAUCUGACCAAAAGCCUAGCAAACGCGCGCAAGAGCAUGCUAUUGCAGAGCCUGGAGUGGAUCGAGCUCGGCGCCCAUUGUUGCCCGCAGUCCGAGCCCAGUCCAGAGUCCGAACGCCGGCCAUUGGGCUGCAGUUGCCAUGAAAUGGUGCGAGCGUUUCCACUUAGCAAUGUGAUUGAUUUUGUCGCUUCCCAUGGCCUUUGCCUGGGCCGUUUGGAGAUAUUGAAAGUGGCGCUGAGUCGUGGGGUUGAUAUGAACCGUGCCUUCGCAGAUGACCGGCGCUUUACUCUAUUCCACUACGUGCUGAAAGAGCUAUCUCCGUGUAAUGGAUAUUCGGACAAGGAGUUCGGUGAGAGAGCCGACAAGUUGUGUACUGCUGUUGUUCAGCACAUGGUUCAGGCUGGCCAGGCAGCUCCAGAUCAGAAGCUUCUCGCAGACGCGUCAAGCGGACAGCUUUUCAAAGACAUCUUGGAGCCGUGGACUGCUGAUGAUUUGCCUAAAGGACUCGAAUACCUCAAAGACUAUGCCAGUUACGUGUGCCUAGGCUUGCGGUCCAUGACAUUUUACUUUUCCAGGUUUUGUCUUGAAGCUGUCUUCGGUCCUUGUAUAGCAUCUCGUGGAAAGUUUUGGGUUGUCUGCAAACCAGUAAUCCAGGUGCGGAUGGCUGCUUUCAGGCAGGACGACGAUCUUAAUUGUUUAGGGUUUAGGGUUGACUGCUUGUUACUGUCACGGCUCAUGGCCCGGGGCACAAUCUCUCCAGGCUGCUGCCCCAAGGCUACUUCAACAGUUUGCAAAACCAAAGAUUGCCACACUCAACUCUCUGCCCGGCAAACUGCACAUGACCAGAUGCUGGACUCCACAAACUCGAGAACCAUGCACGUUCUGCCAAAUCUUUGGAACUGCAGUCCCUUUUUGAAGUCCCCUCCAGCGGUAACGCAUGGUCUUAACUCCUUAGGUUCAUUCCUUAGGUUCAUCAUGUUUUCAUUCUUUGGGGAAGGACCGGCUCAUGUUUCAGCCGACAGGCUUGCUACUCGCAUCCCUCUAGACUGA